AUGAUGUUCGGACUAAUCCUCCUCUUCUCUGCUCAACCCCUGCUCGAGUUCAGUUGCGUAUUUGCUUGCAGCUUCGCAACUGUGGAUUUGAUCAACGAUCUUCAAGAAAAUCAGAGGAAGGCCACUUUGUCUCUGCUAGCGAAUGCGAAAGAGAUCUGUGCCAAGCAUGGGAUUAUUGCUGAGAUGGCCACAGAAGUUGGGGAACCCAAAGAAGCGAUCUGCGAGGCAGCAGAGAAGCUCGAUAUUCAGCUACUUAUUUUGGGAAGUCAUGGUCGGGGAGCCAUUCAAAGAGCAUUUCUGGGGAGCGUGAGCGAUUACUGCGUCCACAAUGCCAAGUGCCCCGUUCUUGUUGUGAAGAGACCAGCCUGAAGAGCCUCAUGUUUAUCUUUCAGAUCACAAGUAAUGUAGAAACUUACGGAAUCGUAGUCAACUCAUCACGUAUGAGAAUAGUCCCAUGAAUGCGUGGGUUGGCAAUCUUCCAUGCAAAAGCAGAAGUGGCCGGGGCCGAACAAAUGGGCCCGAAGCCCGCCCGGCCCGGCCCUUGCUCAGCCCUAUCAUGGGCAUUGCCAAGUUUAUCUUGUUUCUUGAAAAGCAUAGGCUCAAUAGGAUCUACUUACAUUCACUUUUAAAUUUAUGUAUAUUUUUUUGGGUCUACAUCAGGAAUGAGUUGGAGGAGCAUGCUCAUUUCCAUCCAUAUCCUUUGACGGAAGGAUUAACAUGAACAAAAAAAUCCAUAGUUCAUAGUCCC